AUGGCCGACAUCAAAGCCCCGUCAGACAACGCCAUAAUUGUCGAUCGAGAAUGCUACUGGGAUUGCUUCCCAGAAGAGGACGCAGAAACACAAGAGUUCUACAGACAAUCAAUAGAACAUUGCGGUCCCGACCGACACCGUUAUACCGAAAGAAAUCUUGACACCAAAACGAUGCUGGCCGCCUAUCGAUUCGGCCUUGAAAUGAGCCGCGCGCGGUGCGCCGACUUUCGCGACGCCAUCAUGGAUGCACUAGCUGAGAAUUUCGACGCGCAAACAGGCUCUGAUAUAGGCUUGUUUCAUGGCGUCUUCAAAGCGGUGGAGAACGUGCCUAAUUCCAACCUGGAACGCCUUCUCGCCUUUCAUAUCGCGCUGAGCACGGAUCCCGGAUGCUUCAACUCCAUCUUGGCCAGAACAAACAAGCAAUUUUUGCACCACGUCCACGAACAGAUAAAGACAUUCCCCAAAGGAGUGCGCUACUACGAUAUCUGGGACGACUUCAUGCUCAACAACCGCUGCAAAUUUCAUGAGCAUCCGACCGGAAGAUGCUGGAGGCCGGCAGAAUCGGGGCCCGAAGUCGCGCCACCGGAACAUCCAGAGGCGGUGGCAAGGCGGGCACGGAUGUGGAAAGCAAAGGAGGUUGAAGAGGUGGAUCUUGGGGACAUUGACUGGUUUAGGCUCUAG